AUGAUUCUGAUAACAACACGGGUCAGUGGUUCAGUGUUAUUCGGCAGAACGUGGGUGGAUAACAAGGAAGGAUUUGGAAACGUUACUGACUCCUAUUGGAUAGGACAUGAUGUAGUACACCAACUUACAAAGGAAAGGAACUCCACCCUCUACAUCUCUAUAACACUGACUAAUGGGACAAAGCUGUAUAUAAUAUACGACCGGUUCUCUGUUGAGAAUGAAACCAACUAUUACAGAUUAUUUCUUGGAGGACCAGCUAUCGGGACACUGGGAGACAGCAUGAGAAGCGGCCAUUCUCUGUCAGGAAUGUACUUCAGUACCCCAGACAGAGAUAACGACGGGUGUAGCUGUAAUUGUGCUGCUCACAGUAACAAAAGAGGAGGCUGGUGGUUCAAUGACUGUCACCACGCUUUCCUUAACGGUAAAUGGUCCCCGGAGUCCUGGUACAACCCAUGGUAUCCUACAGUGACUGAUAAUAAACAGAUAAAAGAAACCCUCAUGAUGAUAAAACCUCACUGACCUCUUAUAUCUUUAUAUCCAUAGUUGUUCACAUAUGGACAAGCAAAGUUAUAUACUUUUAUGUAAAAAAUAAUUAUGACUAUAUUCUUGACAUUAUGUUGGUAUUGAUAUUAUUUUAUAAAGUAAUGCAUUUAUAGAUAAAAUAUUA